AUGACUGGGAGCGUCUUUGCUGCCUUCAUCCACCUUCUUGCACUCGUCUACUCACUGCCGGUUACAAACUCUUACUAUUGGAAAUCGCGUCGACUCGAAUGUGUUCACUACGGCGGUGACAACACCCGAUGUUCACUCAUUGAUCCAAACUUCGUCAUCGAGCAGAACCCUGAAUGUUUCGAAGAAAUUGACGCUACGAAUGCAACACGUGCCUAUUGCGGGCUGGGCUGUGAGGAGUCUGAAGAGGCAACGAUUGUGACCAAGAAGCCUCAGUGGAAUCACCAGUGCUCCAUGUUUUACACGUACAACUUGGAAAGGAGACGAAAAGAUUGGUACCUGUGGCGAAAGGAGGUGUGCAUCAACACAACGAUCACGUUCGAGAUCUCCUGCGGAACGCAUCGCGAUUCACGUCUCUUUUAUUUCAAGAACGAGCACCUGUUCGAGUAUGAAGACGCCGAAUGA